AUGGCAGUCCCGGGCCGAAUCUCUGUCCUGGCGCUAGGGCUUUUCGUCGUGCUACUGCUCAGUCCUGUCGCUGAUCAACGACCUCUGUAUCCAGAGGAGACCAUAGUCAUCGCUUUGGCAUCUGUUUCCAUAGUAGCGGUGCUCAUCGUGGCGCUAUUUUUUGGUUACCGAAUGCUAACAGGAAACCGUAAGCAGGGUCUCCACAACAUGGACAUGAUGGAAGCAGCCGCUUCAGAGCCUUCUCUGGACCUGGACACCCUAAAACUACUAGAGGUGGUUUCUCGAAGGCGGCCGGUGGCGGUGAAGCUGUUUAACUACACCAACCGGCAGAACUUUGUGAACGAACGCUCCAUCUACCGCACGCCCCUCCUGGAGCACGACAACAUCGCCCGCUUCAUCCUGGGCGACGAGAGGCUCGCCGCCGACGGACGCCUAGAGUACCUGCUCAUCAUGGAGUACUACCCCCACGGGUCUUUGUGUCGGUAUCUGAGUCUGCAGACAGGGGACUGGGUGAGCUGCUGCCGCAUGGCCCACUCUGUGACCAGAGGACUGGCCUACCUACACACUGAGCUCUUACGAGGAGAUAUAUAUAAGCCAGCCGUGUCUCAUCGAGACCUGAACAGCCGUAAUGUUCUUGUGAAGAAUGACGGAACGUGUGUGAUUAGCGACUUCGGUCUAUCAAUGAAACUGACGGGGAACCGGCUGGUCAGACCUGGCGAAGAGGAGAACGCUGCCAUCAGUGAGGUUGGCACUAUCCGCUACAUGGCUCCUGAGGUGCUGGAGGGGGCUGUGAACCUGAGGGACUGUGAGUCUGCUCUCAAGCAGGUGGACAUGUACGCCCUGGGCCUCAUCUACUGGGAGAUCUUCAUGCGCUGCACUGACCUCUUCCCAGGAGAAACGGUGCCGGACUACCAGAUGGCGUUCCAGGCGGAGGCAGGCAACCACCCCUCAUUUGAGGACAUGCAGGUGCUGGUGAGCAGAGAGAAGCAGAGGCCCAAGUUCCAGGCCUGGAAGGAGAACAGCCUGGCGGUGCGUUCUCUGAAGGAGACGAUGGAGGACUGCUGGGACCAGGACGCUGAGGCGCGUCUGACUGCCCAGUGUGCAGAGGAGCGUCUGGCCGAGCUGCUGCUCAUCUGGGACCGCAACAAGCCCGUCAGCCCCACAGUCAACCCCAUGAGCACCGCGCUGCAGAACGAGAGAAACCUGACAAACAGUCGGCGGGUGCCCAAACUGGGCCACUUCCCUGACUACUCCUCCUCGUCCUACAUCGAGGACCAGGAAGGGGGCGUGCUCAAGAACCUUCAGACCGACGCCCCCUCCUCGUCCGGCCCCGCCUCCUCCACGACCGUGGGUGUGGCUGGCAGCGUCUCUGGCGCAGCCAGCGGAGAGAAGAACCGGAACUCCAUCAACUACGAGCGGCAGCAGGCCCAGCAGCAGCAGCAGGCGAAUGCCCAGCUUCAGCUCCAGGGCCCGGGGCAGGGGCAGGGGCAGAUGCCAGGGCGAGUGCCCAGCCCAGAGGGCAGCACCAGCGGGGGCAGUCUGAGCCUGAGCGGGGCCUCUAGCGCCACCUGCAGCACCACGCUGGGCACUACGCCUGGAUCCAGCCUCAUGGCCACCAUCUCGGAGGCUGGGCUGGGCGAGGAGGUAGGGGGCACCACCACCACCGCUGCUGCCCUGGGCAUGGGCAUGGGGCUGGGCGUGGGGCCGACGGGGCUGCCCGCGUGCCUGCAGCUGACACAGGAGGACCUGGAGACGACCAAGCUGGACCCCCGCGAGGUGGACCGGAACCUGAAGGAGAGCUCGGACGAGAACCUGAUGGAGCACUCGCAGAAGCAGUUCAGCGCGCCCGACCCGCUGGGCCCGGCCGGCGCCGCCGGCAACCUGCUCUACCCGCUCAUCAAGCUAGCCGCCGAGGUCAGCGCCGGGUCAGGGGUCAACGCCGCGGGGGGGUCGGCGGGCGAGUUCGGGGCGUCCGGGGGCGAGCACCCUCCCCAGGGGGUGCCGGCGGCCAUGUUCCCGCUCCCAAAGCAGCAGAACCUGCCCAAGCGCCCCACCAGCCUCCCGCUGGGGUCCAAGCACCCGUCCUCAUCCUCAUCCGCCUCGCGCCUUCGGCUCAACAAGCACAAGUCCAACCUGCGGCAGGUGGAGACUGGCGUGGCCAAGAUGAACACCGCUCCGCUCGUCACCGUGGGCAACGAGCCCCAGAUGGUCACCGCGGGCAACAGCGGGCGUGGCAUGGCCAAUGGUUACGCUGGAGGAGGAGGAGGAAGCAGCGGUGGCAACGUGCCGACUGUCGUCGGGGGCAACACGAACCCCGCAGGUCCCCAGCAGGAGGUCGAGGGUCAGGGGUCGACGACGACGCCAACGCAGCUGAGCGCAGACGGAGACGGCCACCUGCUCGCCUGCAUCGCCUCCAGCCCCGACGAGCACGAACCGCUGCUGCGCACAAACAACAACAACAACAACAACAGCAACAACAACAGCAACGUCAGUAGCAUGG